GGCCCAGACAUAUUUUUCAGAUAACCCUGUAACCCAGAGCUUCUUUAUAGAUUACACGCAGAACUCUUUCGGGCAGCAAUUUCGUUGGCAGCGUAAACGUAGACAUCGGAUACGUUCAAUUAAUUUCUCUUAUUUUCAAGAGUAUAUUAGUAAAAUACUUACAAACACAUUUUAACGAGUACGUAUUUGGAGCCGUGAAAUUGCUACAACUCUGGUCAUGUUGGCUGCGGGUGGUCUUAUCGUAGGAAUCGUUGGGCUAGUGUUAAACAUAGUUGGCGUUGCAAUACCUUAUUGGUACUAUUAUUCCGAGGCUGAAAAAGGUGUAAAAGCUAGCUUUUAUUUUGGACUAUGGAAAUUGUGUGUUAAAGCUGCGGGUUUUGGACAAGAAGGCUCGCGUUGUUUAAAGUUUGAUGAAUUCAACAUGAAAAUAAUUUUACCCACGGAGAUGGAAGCUGUGCGUGGACUAGAGUUGACAGCAAUUAUUUUGAUAGCAACCUCGAUUGUCAUUGCCGGAUUGAGAGUGGUCAUGAAGAAAGGCGAUAACAAGUACCUUAAAGUCGCGGGAGGUAUAGCGUGUGCAGCAGGUAUUCUGAUGAUUGUCGGUGCUGUUGUAUUUUCAACGUCUGAUCAAAUGAAGAAAUUGAUACCAAUAGUUGCUAUCCCUUUCAAACUUCACGCAGGAUUUGCUUUAUGUAUUGUGUCCGGUGUGUGUAGCCUCGCAGCAGCGGUAAUGUUUAUUAUGGAAAAUGAUGGGGAAAACCAAACAAUGCCACAACCUUACCCAUAUCACGGACAAAACGGAGGGGUACCUGCAGUUAGUCUACAGCCGUCAGCAAUGGUCGUCACUGUUCAACAACCUUCAGCUAUGGCUGUCACUGCACAACAACCUUUGGGAGUUCAAACAUUUUAACUGUUUUGAACUUUAUGCGCUUUUUGUAUCGAGCUAUUGACUAAUGAAAGUCUGUGUGUUUACAUUUAUAAUAUAGUCUAGUGUGUUAAAUUAGUUGCGUAUAAAACAUUGUGGCGUUUCAUUGUAUAAAGAUACUUUCUGUUACUUAAUGCAAAGUACUUAUUUAUCACAUAAACGUGGCGUUUUUCAAAUUCCCUAAAGAAAGAAGGAAAUGAAUCAUUAUAAUGCACCCGUUCCCAGUCGCGUUCUGAAAACCUUACUUCUUCAAACAAAUCUAUAUAAUGUUUUUCUAAAUAUUCUGACCAUAGUUUGCAUUGAUUGGGGAAGGUAUCCGAAUGGUUGUAGAAACUUCUUUAAGUUUAAAUACAUAUUUAACUAUUUUAAAGUCUAGUGUAUAAUGUGAACAACUGUGACUACUAUUCAACGGAAAUCAAGAAAUUUCUUGGUGCGGAAAAGUUAGAUGAAAUAGUUGUUCAAGCAUUGAAACCAAACCGGUGUAUUACUGUGGUCGUAAACAACAUUACUCUCUUUAUAUGUAAUUCACAGAAAAGGCUUAAGGUUUUUAAUUUGAAGAAAAUAAUUAUACAUCGCGAAAAAAAAUUGUAAAGUGGCUUCCUUCUUAGUUUCCAUCUUCCCUGCUAAGAGUUUAAAUGUUUAAAUUACCAUAGACAAAAACCUAGAGCUUUUAAAUUGUAGUCGUCGACUUCCUGUAAAAAAGCUAACCUGAUCGAAGAUAAAAUUUGCCACCGAGUGAAGGUCGCAGUUGUAUAGAUGAUGACCAAACAAAGACUGUCCGUUUUUCAUCAAUUGCAGAUACUGCCAGAAAAGGAAAAUGGCAAUUAGAUGUAUGGGGAGUAUGACCUUGAAACAAUAACGACUUUUUGAACUCUACACUUCAUUUUCUUUUGUUGUCAUCUCUGCCAAAGUUUCACAAAUUAUCUUUACAUGUAUAGAAUAAAAAUAAUCGGAUGUUAAUUCUUUGAACCGUAACAGGUACAGUAAAUUAACAUUAAAACCAAAGUUCACAUAAUGAGUAAAUUCCUAAUUAAGUGUAUGCUCCAAAGUCUUUCUCUACAUGUUACAUUUGUUUUGAUAAACAGUAUAGCAACUAUGUCUACUUGAACAAUCUAUAGUUAUUUGUGGAAUCAGAAUGCGUGUUUGCAAUCAGUCCAAACGUGUUUUGAUAUGACUGGAGAAACAGGCACGUGCGUCCAAUGCGUUGUAAUUUUAUUUUUUUGUUACCUUCGCUAUAGGAGGUAAACAAUAUACACGUAUCAUGUUAUUAUGCGGAAACAAUUAUUCACCUUGAUUUUGUAUGACGUGCCCAAAAGUUUGAUUGAAAUACUGACGAAGAAAUUCGUUUGACCACAAAAUACUCGAGUUAUAAAAACUAACAAAAGACUGAUGAAGGCAAUUUAAAAUAGAAAACGAAUCAGAACGGUCUGCAAUUGAAAAUUAUACAGACAUAAACUACCUUCACACAUUAGUUACCAUCAAGUUUUCUCUCUUACUAGCUUUAGUUACUUUUUGUUGUUUUAUAUGUAUGUGCCCUUUUGUAUUGAUUGAUUGAUUUAUUUCGGCAAAGGAAAACAUAUUGUACUCGUUUAUAAUCGGUGAUUUCCGUACGUUUACGCAUUUACAUAUAUCUGCAGCCAAGAUUCUGCGUGUGUAAUGAGAAGUCUCUAACCAACAAAGCUAAGUUGGAAUUGAAAUGACCAUUUCGGCAAAGAUGCACAUAUUCUUUGCAAAUCAAAUACAUAGAGAUAAAAUGUUGAGCGAGUAAUGUCAAUCGCAUUUGAUUAUAUAUGUAGGAUAGCUAUUGUAUGAUAUACUCGAAUAAUCACCAAACAUUUUCUGUUGAUAUAAAAACUUUGAACGAAUACGUGUUCAAAUGUUGCAUUACGUUUUUUUUCCUUUUGAAAAUUGCCUUCCAGACGAGGAUCGUUGAACGAUAAUUGAUUUGAACAUUCCAUUUGUUUGAAUUGCUAUCAUCUACUUUUCCCAAACACCGAGUAUGCUAUGUCAGGGGGCAAUAACAGGAUAUAUAAGAAUUGCUGUGAACGAUUUGUUUAUUUAAACAUUGAAACAAAAUUCAAUUUCCGAUUUUUCGAAAUCACUUCUGUUAUUUUUUCGGAAAUUGGACGUGAUAUGUUUGAGCAAAUCGGAUACUUGAAAAAGAUAAAAUGUCGGUGUUGUGUUUAUCGCUGUUCAACCACUUAACAAGAUUAUACACUGGCGGGAUUAGCACGACUAAACCUAUGUUGGACAAGAAGGCUUCUUUUAAAAAAGAAACCUAGGAGAGGUCCAGUGUUGUUCCUUUUUAAAGUUAUAUCAGAGACAUAGAUAACAAUUGUAAUCUAAUUGUUAUCUAAUUGUUAUCUGCUUAUAUGAUAGGUUGUGCUAUAGACAAAAAAAAACAGUUUCCCUGUUGCAGGUCACUGUAACCUAUUAGGGGUCAUAGUCACUGUGACCAUGACCUAAUGACCUCAAAAUCCAUAAGUCAUCAUCAGGUUAUGAUCAACCUCCGCCAAUCCGAGGACUAUAAGCCCAAGCAUUUCAUAGUUACUGAAUUCCAUUUAAAAAGGUUCAAAAGCUACCACAGCAAUAAUUGUACACUGAACUUGGCCCUGGUGAAAGUUGCCAAAUUAGCAUCUUACCAUUUUUGCGAAAACCUCACCUAACAGGCUUGUUUGUCAACGGGCCCAAGAGAAUUGCUUCCGAGAAGCUUUAGAAAAACUUAAAAGAAAAUCUCAAUCGGACGGACGUCUGCCGGAAGUGUGAAAAAAAAAAUAUCAUUCUUUUUUAAAUGAUUAUUUUUUCAGAUUUUUUUUCUUAAUGUGCUAUUUGCAGUUCUAAACAUUUUAUUUGUUCUAGUUUAUUACUCAGUUUGUCGAAUUGCCGCCGUGUUUUGAUCACGGGAUUAACAUCACCGACUAUCAGAAGCUCGGAAGAACUCUUCUUGUUCCGGCAGAUCUUCCGAACGGGGCAAACGAAACCGCCAGUUAAACUAUAAAUUCAUUUAAUUGAACGAAAUACAUUUUAACGUGAUUCAAUUUAUAUGCAUAUCUUUGAAUACUGCGAACAAAGAAUAGUAAAUAUAUAUCUAUAUAUUUCUUGUUAAUAACUGACCCGUUUCAAACAUUUGUAACAAUAGUUUUACACUAUUUUUCUUUAUUUUAAACGAACAAUUAUUUUCGUCUUAGAAGAUUUCAAAACUUACUUGUGCGCAAGCGAAUUGGGCCAUUUUAGACUGGCUUACCGUAAUUUGCGCUAGAAAGUGAAAUCUAACGCCGUAAAAUUAGUAGAUUAGUCUAAAUUCUCCUUGUUUGAAAGCCAACACUAUGGAGAGGUCUUGAUAGACCUCUCCAAUAAGCAUGAAAGGAAUGUUACUGCCGUUGUUAUAUAAAACACAAUAACGAUUGCUCGACUGCUUGCAUCAGUUAAACAUAACUGUACGAUAUCGACGUUAACAUUUUUGUUGGGACGACAUAGGGUGCAAUUACGUCAAAAAUGACGUCACUCAUCCAUUACGAGCGAAUAAUCAGUUAAAAUGGCUGCUUCUGGUUAAAAAGCCCGCUUCUGGUUAUUUUACUUGGGUUACAGGAUUUUGUUCUGCAGUUUUGUUACUAUUUAUAGUAAUGUAUAUAAUUAAAAACACUUAUUACACGGCAACGGUGUUCCUGAAGUGUUUGUAAGCAAGACUAAAGCUGUGCCGAGUGCUAACAUACAUUAUGCUAAAUUGUUAAAAUCAAAGUAAGGAACGUCAUUGUCGUAUAAUGAGUUUAUUUAUUAUAUACCUACAUAAUAAUGAUUACGCGAUUGCUUGAAUCAGUAAAUCAUAUACAAUGUCAACGUUAACGAAUUUUCUAUCGCGACGACACAGGGUAAAAUGACGUCAAAAAUUUCGUCACACAUCCAUGGCGCGCCAAUAACCUGCCAAAAUGCCUGCUACCGGUUAAAUGCUGGCUUCCAGUUAUUUGGACUAGGUUACAGGAUUUUGUCAUUUUCAGUUUUGUUACUAUUUAUAGUAAGGUAUAUAAUAAUGUAGAUUACAGAAAGUGGGGAAUUGUGCAAAUGCUUAUAACCGUUAGACAUGACACAAGUAAUAGGGUGCUAGACUACCGAGGUACAAUAUGAUUGGAAAAGAUAACAGUCACGUACAUAUUAAACGUGUUUUAUUUGAAAACAUUGCAGCAUAACAGCAAAUGCAUCUUUUAUCAUGGAGAAAAUACUAGUAUACAAUUAAAAGUCCUUUCAAUUUGUUUAUGUUAAAUGGUGUUUAAACAAUUGAUACUGCACAUGAAAAGAAAAUUAAAACAAAUAAAAAAGA